ACUUUUGUGCUUUCAGUCGGAGAUUUGCUGGCUAUGUUCUGGUCAUGAAAAUCCAGAGCCGCGUAUUGUCGUGAUUGGUUUAUAGGCCGCAGAUCGUCGCGCCGGCAAACACAUCUCGAUUGGCGCGGCUAUUUUCUUAACGGUCGAAACCACGUCGACAACAGGGUAGGAUUUUGUGACAGUAGCCUUUUUCUGGACCUAAAUUUAGGAGAAAAUACAUUGAAAGAUUUUCGUAUAGUCCAGUAAAAGCCAUGGGCGACUUUACCAAUAAGCAUCAUCUUCCUAUUCACUGAAGCCUCAGCGCAUUUAUCAUUCUCACGUGACAUGCAUCAGAUCAUUUCACUUGCAAGUAUCGGGCCAGUAAUGAACUGCCAAUUUUCGACAAAUGCAACCUACACGCUUGGCCUCUCGAUUCGUCAAUUUCAGGAUACCUCACAGAUGCUAUAAGGUUCUCGCUAUCGAGUCUUCGUGUGACGACUCAUGUGUUGCCCUUCUUGAAAAACACACUCCCAACUCUUACCCAGUGACUGUGGAUGAACAAAAGGCAACACUCAAUUCUGCUAAAACAGGAGGUAUUAUACCCACUGCGGCACACGAGUUCCAUCAGCAAAACAUAGCGCUUUUGGUGGAGCGCUUCUGUGGGAAGCAUAAUAUAUCAGCCUCAAAUCCGCCUGACCUAAUAUGCGUCACCAGAGGACCAGGGAUGGUCGGACUGCUUAGUGCGGGCUUACAGUUUGCAAAAGCUUUAGCUGUAGCAUGGAAUCGACCACUCAUUGGAGUUCAUCACAUGCUAGGUCAUCUUCUAACAGCAAAGCUACCGCUGAAGACUUCGUCGCCAGAUGACCUAAGGUACCCUUUCUUGAGCUUACUAUGCAGCGGCGGUCACACAAUGCUUGUUCUUCUGAAGUCUCUCACAGAUCAUGAAAUCAUUAUUAAUACCCUGGAUAUCGCUGCUGGUGAUUCGUUAGACAAGUGUGCCAGAGAGUUGGGGUUUUCAGGGAAUAUGCUUGGUCCUGAACUCGAAAAGUUUGUCGAGAACAUCGAUGAGGAUAAAAAAAACCGAUUCGCUCAAAUAAAAACGCACGAUGCAAAUAACGAGUUUGGUUUUCGCUUAAAAAUGCCAAUGAGAAAUACCAAACGCAGCAAAAUCCCCGAAAAAAUUGAGUUUGGCUUUGCAUCAUUUCUUAGCACUAUCACAUCAUACAAAAAAGAUGGGCUCAUGACCGAGGAAUCUAGAGAGUUUGUGGCAUACAAGCUCCAAGAAGUCAUAUUUGACCACAUAGUGAACCGCAUACAGGUGGCGUUCAUGAAGCACAACCUCAGUGAAGACAACAAAUUUGAUGAGGGUAUAUUAGAAGCAGUGAAUGAUUUUGUUUGUUCGGGCGGAGUAGCUGCAAACAAAGUGCUCCGAAGCAAAUUAUUCAAUGAUUUGGAUGCCGGUCACACGCUUAAAUUUCAUUUUCCGGACUUAGCUUUGUGCACAGACAAUGCCACCAUGAUAGGCAAUGCGGGUAUCGAAAUAUUUGAAAAUUUGAAAAAAAGAUCAAGUCUUUCCAUAUUGCCAAUACGGAAGUGGCCAAUGAACGAGUUAUUGGAUGUUGAUGGGUGGUUAGAUGUGCCCGAAAACGAAUACAACUCGAUAGUCGGCUUUUCCAACAAUAAAUAGCAGUCAAUAUUUUCGCA